UUCUUAACUCAACAUUCUCGCCCGUUCCGGAGCACAGUCCUGAGGAGCUUCAGAAGCUUCAGAAGGAGCGUGAAGAUGUUGAGAAGAUUGCGGAGGAGUUCAAGCAGAGUGCUGAGUACGCGGUUCCUGUUGACAGGCAGUACUGGAGCAUGCCCCUGCGCAAAGCCGGUGUGAUGCCGUUUGAUGGAUUAUUUGAUGUCAUCAUUUAUAUGAUGGACAAUUUGUUCCACCCGCCGAGAUGGCUGCUUAUUGCGCUCUUCUGUGGCAAGAUAGUAGGGCACAAGACUCUCGACGCCUAUCUUGACACGUUUCUUCUCGGCAAGGUUGAGAUUCUGAAGGCAGAUGCCACAGUCAUCGACUUGAUCGACCUGUUCAUUGAAACCGUUUUUGAGGACGACAGUCCUGAAAGGAACGAUGAACAGAAGGCUGAGAGGAGAGAAAAAGCCAUUCAUGAUCUUGUUGACUUCUUUCCAGGUGUGAUCGGUGCUGUCCUGGGCAAGGAUAAGUUCCAUGACGGCUUUAAGGAGCUUAUUGACAUCCUGCAGAGCAAACGAAUGAACAAACUGCUGGUAUAUCCACUACUUGACAUUGUCGUUGAAGAGCUAUUCCCGGAAAUAACCCUUAGUCCAACUAGCUCAUAGCACAGUACAGGACAGUCGGUCAGCAGUAUACAUCUGUGUCCAACACAUAGCCUACCUUUUCCCGAAUAUCCAGUUCACGUGUACCAUGCCACCAGUGCGUCAAGUACUCAAGUAAUUAUUUCCCUACAAACUGUACGCUACCGCUCACUAUCACAACGAUUUACUUGCCUUUGUUACAUUGCCACAUUCAAUGCCAGUGAUUGGCUACUACCACCGUCGUCCUCUGCUCCUCCUCAUGUUGCUGCUGCUUCUCUUGUUCUUAGUGUUGUUGUUGUCCUUGUCUUGAUCGUAUGAUAUUUCCAACACUACUCUAGAUCUCUGUUCGUCACUACAGCACAGUGUGAUGCGUUGCAAAGCUUACCUUUAGUUUAGGCUAGUUUAGGCACUUCUCAUGCACUACUAGUACACACUCCAGUCACCAUCCAUCAUGAUGAUAGUAUUCAGGCUGAGCUGGAUCUUUAGAACACUGAAUGUAGAACAUACCCUUAGUUUGGACUUCAACCCAUGUCUAUUUCAGUUGGGUUUUUGAUUAUUCUUAUAUAGACUACAGUGUGUCCAUGGAUAUGGUUUUCCAGGAACUUUCGAGUUGAGAUUUUUAUUAUAUUUCGUGUUUCACACCAUCUUUUUUUAAGCAGUAUAUUGUUACUGACAUGUUCUUAAAUUGUUGAUCGUAUAUUUUUGCUAUUAUUUUCUAGCACCACUCCGGUGCAGUGUGUAGUUGCAGGAUGUUGUUCAUUUUGUACUUGAUAAUUAUGUUACCUUCACCAUCGCUGAAUAGAUCGCCUCUGUGGUCCUGUCCAGCUGCUUUGGCAGGGCAUUUGUGGUGAGUGCUUGCAUGCCU